AUGGAUAAUAUCUUGUUUUGGAAUGCUAGAGGUGCUGGGGGUGGUGAUUUCAGGUAUGCUAUUGUGGACCUAGUGAAAAUGAAUAAUACUGAUUUAUUGGUGAUUUGUGAAUCUAGAGUGCAAUUCUCUAGAGCUAAGGAUCAUUUACUGAAUAUUGGUUUUACUGAUUAUGAAAUUGUGGAAGCCAAUGGCUUUUCUGGUGGACUGUGGCUUCUUUGGAAUAGAACCAAAUUUCAAAUUCACAUGGUGGACUCCAAUUCUCAAUCUAUCACUGUUAAGGUGUCUGCAAAUGGAGUUUCUAAUUGGCUUUUCACCGGCUUGUAUGCUAGUCCUUGCUCGAGCACUAGACAAGGCCUAUGGAGUUACCUCACUGCAAUUUCAAAGUCUACUCAGCUUCCUUGGAUAAUUAUAGGUGAUUUUAAUGAACUUGUUUCUUAUUCUGAUAAAAAUGGUGGUUCUUAUGCAGAAAAAUUUGGUGGGUUAAAAACCUGGGUGCAGAAUGAGGCUAUGAUUGACAUGGGAUACCAAGGUGCUGACUACACUUGGUCAAAUGGAAGGGUUAAGGAAAGAUUGGAUAGGGUUUUUGCACUAAAUGGUAGAGUGGACCCCCCUUUCAGAUUUCAAGCUAUGUGGAUGCAACAUGAAGAGUAUAAGGAGUUUGUUACUAGUGCUUGGAAUAACACUGCUGGUAGCUUGUUGGAAAAAACUAAAGGACUUGCUACUAAUUUGUCUACUUGGAAUAGAGAUAUUUUUGGUAAUGAAUACCAAAUUUUUUCACAUUACUACAAUGGUGAGAAGAAGAAGAAAAAAGUGGAUGGUCUUUUUGCCGAAGAUGGUACUUGGAGUGAGAACCCUGCAGUGAUGAAGAAUAUUGCUAAAUCCUUUUUUCAAAAUCUCUUUACUAUUGAAGAAGUUCCAGACCUGCGUUUUACCAUUCCUAAUCUCUUCCCUACCGUUGAAUUAACUAACAUCAAAGAGUUAGCUGCUCCUGUUUGCUAUCAGGAAAUAAGGUCUGCUUUAUUUUCAAUCGGUGGUAUGAAAGCUCCUGGGUUUGAUGGGUUCCCCGCUUUAUUCUUUCAAAAUCAUUGGGAGCUCUGCAAAGUGGAAGUUAUAAAAAUUGUUACUAAUGCGUUUAUUGAGGGUAGAAUUCCUGAGGGUUUAAAUCAUACGUUGAUUACUUUGGUUCCAAAAGUUCAAGGACCUAAACAUAUGCAUCUCUUUAGGCCAAUUAGUCUUUGUUGUACAGUGUACAAGAUCAUUACCAAGAUUAUUGUUUCUAGAAUCCGACCUUUCCUAAAGAAGUGGAUAAGUCCAAAUCAAGUGAGUUUUGUUCCUGGUAGGCAUAUUUCAGACAAUGUUAUGGUUACGCAGGAGAUUCUUCAUAAGUGCAGGUAUGCCAAGGGGAAAAAAGGCUUUCUGGUGUGGAAAAUUGAUCUGUCUAAAGCUUACGAUAAGUUGAAUUGGAACUUCAUUAACCAGGUUCUCUAUGAACUUCAGAUUCCUGAUCAAUUGACUAAACUUAUAAUGCAUUGUAUCACUUCUCCUAGUUUUCAAGUGAUUCUCAAUGGUGAUUUAUCUGAUAAAUUUUCGGCUGGUAGGGGAGUUAGGCAAGGUGACCCCCUAUCUCCUUACAUAUUUGUUCUCUGUAUGGAAAAGUUAUCGCAUUUGAUUCAUUCUGCUACUGAGGUUGGACAAUGGAAGCCAAUUCAAUCUUCGCAAUCUGGACCUCUUGUUUCCCAUCUUUUCUUUGCAGAUGACAUAAUUCUCUUUGCAGAAGCUUCCACUACUCAGGCAAAAGUUCUCAAGAAAUGCAUGGACUUAUUUUGCAGCCUCUCUGGACAAACGGUUAAUUUUGAGAAAUCAAAAAUUUAUGUUUCUCCUAAUGUCAGAAAUAAUCUUGCUAAAUCCAUUAGUAGAACUUGUGGAUCCCCUCUCACCAAGGACUUGGGUAAGUAUCUUGGGAUGCCCCUUCUCCAUUCUAGACUUACGAAGCACACUUAUUCUGAAAUGGUCGACAAGGUUCAUAGUAGGCUUGCUGGUUGGAAAUGCAAAACUCUUAGCAUGGCUGGUAGACUCACUUUAAUUAAUUCUGUGACUGCUUCUAUUCCCAUUUACACCAUGCAGACAGCCAAAAUCCCUAUUUCUACCUGUGAUAGUUUGGAUAAAUUAAACAGAGAUUUUCUUUGGGGUGACUGUGAUGGCAGGAAGACGGUACACUUGGUGAAUUGGGAUAAUGUUUGUAUGCCUAAAAUUAGGGGUGCCUUAGGCAUUAAGAAGACUGCUGAGAUGAACCAAGCACUGCUAGCAAAAGUUAGUUGGAGACUUCUUCAAAAGGAUGAAGGAUUAUGGUGUGAUAUAUAUAUAGCUAAGUACUUAAAGCAUGAUGAUCUGCUAAGCAAUAACUAUAAACACCCUGCCAAUUGUUCUGCUACUUGGCGCAGUAUUUGCUCUAGAGCUGAUCUCUUAAGAAAAGGGGUUACUUGGAGAAUUGGGGACGGAGGGACUGCAUAUUUCUGGACUGAUUAUUGGUCUGAAUGUGGAGUUUUAUCUGAUCUCGCAGUUGAUCCUUCUAUGGUUGACCCUAGUUUGCUUGUUCAAGAUUUCUGGGAGGGAAAGGAUUGGGAUAUUACCAUGCUUUUCGCUUGCUUGCCUCCUGAAAUUGCGGCUAAAAUCAUAUCUAUUCCCAUUGAUAACUUUGGUGGUAAGCCCGAUAAAAUAAUAUGGAAGCACACAUCUGAUGGAAACUUUACUGUGAAGAGUGCUUUUAGCAGCAUUGGUGAUCAUUAUCAACCUGGUGAUGCUUCUACUAUAUGGAAUGAGAUUGGUAUGCCUGUCACUAUGGCUAGAGCCUUUAGACUGGACUGGGAUGAUUGGAUUGCAGCAAAUUUGUUGCAGAAGAAUUGCACAUUCCUUGGUUUUCAAUGGUCUCAGCUCUUCAUUUAUAUUUGCUGGUUUAUUUGGAAAUGGCGCAAUAAAAGCAUCUUUGAUACUAAUUUUCAGAAACCUCACAACGCUGCUUCUGUAAUAAUUCAUUACAUUAGUGAAUGGGCUAAUGGUAACAUGAAACCCAGAGGCAACUCUAUUAUGAGAACUGAAAUGCUAAGCUGGCUGAAACCCUCUCCUGGUCAUUUCAAAUUGAAUGUUGAUGGUUCUAGAACCCAUAGUGGGUUGAUUGGUGCUGGAGGAGUUAUAAGAGACAAUGAUGGAAACUGGACCUAUGGCUUUAUGAGAAAUCUGGGCAAUGGUGAAGUGCUUAAAGCUGAGGCAUGGGGUUUAAUGACUGGUUUAUCCAUUGCCAGCCAUAUUGGGAAAAAAAAUAUAAAACUUGUUGUAUGGGUAUGA